AUGUGGGCGCUUUUUAUCGCAAGUUGUGUCGUUCAGGAGGAUUCACGAGUAAAGAUUCUUGCCUGGUUCACCGUGUUGAAGCGAAAUAAACCGAUCAGCAACGUGCCCUCAACAAUGGCUGCUGUCGAAGCAAUAUGGAAACGUGAUGAUCUUCAUCCUGGCGAGCCAUAUGUUAACCAGCACUCACCAAUCACAGCACCGUGGAUGGCUGUCAUUUCCCAACUUGGAUGGAAGAUGCCAUUCACAUGA